AUGGCACAAGCUGAAGACCAGCUGGAGCUAUUUUCCUUUGCAAACAACUUCUGGGGCCCUGAUGACCAUGGCGUGCCAGUUCUCUUGAACCACGUCUCUGACGUCAAAAUGACCUCAGAAGAAUUACACACCUUUUAUCGCGAGCGUGCUACGAUUGAGGACGAGUACGCGCGAAAGCUUCUUGCCUUGUCCCGCAAGGCCUUAGGCACGCACGAAAUCGGAACUCUCAAGCAGGCCUUGAACACGAUCCGCAUUGUCACUGAAAAUGCCGGCAAGUCACACGCUGCUGCUGCUGCGCAGUUUCGAGCCGAACUUGAUGAACCACUCAUGGCUUUUGCUAGUUCUCUUCGGUCACGUACAAAAACUACAACCGCUUUGGCCGAAAAACUUACCAAGGCGAAGCAGACUCAAAAUGCGACUGUUGAACGCCAUAGAGAACGUUUCGAAUCUGAGUGCAACAAAAUUAACUCGUAUUUUGCGCAACAAAACUUGCUUAUGGGCAAGGAACUUGAGCGCAACAACCAAAAGCUUGAUAAGGCCCAUGUUAAUGUUGAAAUAUUCAAGCGCGAUUAUCAAAACUCAUUACGCGUUCUUGCCGAGUCAACCGACCGCUGGGCUAAGGAUUGGAAAGACUGCUGUGACAAGUUCCAAGACUCUGAAGAGGAGCGUGUCAACUUCUUAAAGUCUAGUUUGUGGGCCUACACCAAUAUUGUAUCGACUGUUUGCGUCAGCGAUGACGAAGGUUGUGAAAGUAUCCGCGUGGCCCUUGAAAGUACCGAUGUUUUUGCCGACAAUGAGCUUUUUGUGCGUAACAAUGCGACAGGAUCUGAGAUUUUGGACCCUCCAGAGUUUAUCAACUAUCUUAAUGGAUUUAGCCAGGAUUCUACGAGCAGAACUUACAAGUCGGCUCGUUUCCCUAGAAUUUCUCAAGCUAACUAUCCACAAGAGUUUUUCAAUCCUGAUGCAUCGGUUUCUAAUCAGCAGCAACAGUUGGGUGGAUCUACAGGGUCUGCAAAUGGGUCUGAUUAUCUAAAUUCUGGGAGUGUUUCAUACGGCCGUCAAUCAACACUUGUAGGUCAAAAUCAGCAGCAGCAGCAACAACAACAACAACAGCAACAGCAACAGCAACAGCAACAGCAACAACAGCAGCAGCAGCAGAAGCAACCUCGCAAAGAAAACUCUUUUUCAUUAACUGAUAUCCCUCAUUUGGGCCCGCCUACCAACGAUGACUAUAUUGAGUCACAACGCAGUUCGCCUGUUCAAAGAGUUAUGUCCCGCCAAGAGUCCAUGUACUCAAACCCCACAUCUGUUUCCGAUAAUGAGCACGACUUGAACGGCAAGGGCCAUUACCAUCAUCAACCCCAUCCUGAUGACGUUCGAGACCAAAACUUGCAACAACCCCAGAUGGCUCUUCCAAGCGAUAGACGUUCACCCUCGCGUCAAAAUGUGUAUCAAGAAGAACCUGAAAUUAAAAGAGAGAGUCCAAGCUACGGAACACCUACACGAAUGCAUUACCAAGAUGCUGAGGAAUCUACGACUCCUAGAGCUCCAGUGUUGAACGAGCCUCAAGAACAACAACAGCAACAGCAACAGCAACAGCAACAGCAACAGCAACAGCAACAGCAAAAACAGUCUGUUGAAUUGCAAUCGCCACCCCAGGAAUCUCACCACAAUUCAGAGCCUGAGGAACCCAAACCUCGCACCUGGUCAUCUCCUUUCCGCAGCCGAGCCAAGAAGGAGGUCCGGAAAGGAUGGAAUGCUGGGGGUAGCUCGCCUACGUCUUCGGUUGCGUCAGCGCCUUCCGACACAUCGCCUGUACGCAACCCAUACUUGAACAAUAGCAACUCAAAUGUUGGGACAUCUCAGCCUGCGGCACGAAUUAGUCCUGCUCCUAGUAAUGGGUCGCUCAGCACUGGCGGUGGUAGUGGCAAUGUUUCGCCACAAAGACGCCCCCAGGAAUUGUAUGGGACGAAUCGCAAUAACUCGACUAUUUCCAACGGUAAUAAUGGCAGCAACAAUGAUGGGGGCAGUGCUAUUGAUGCAGCUAAGCCAUCGAUGGUUCUUUCAAUGGGUGACAAUAUGUUUGAUCUUGGGGUAAACCCCACGCGUAAUCUUGCUGAACAGAGGUCCAAGUCUGCAUCACCAGUGAAGAGCUUUGCACGCGAUGAUCCGAUGAUUUUGGCACUGGAGAAACUUAAGGUGACUGGAGGUGGGCCUCCUCCUCGGUCUACUUCUGGGUCUUCUUCGGCAGCGGACGGACAAAGUGGAACUUUGCGUCAUCAGCAAAGCUCUGCGCUUGGUAAGCCCCAGCCAGCAUUCACGUCAAACGAGAUGCAAGCUGCAUCCAACAAGUACUCGAACCAAACGCGCGAGAUGUUUGACGAAAGUGGGCGCACGGGACCUGGCGGGAUGCCUCGGGCCAACAGCGGGAGAAACUCUGGUGGUGGUGGUAGUGGCGGUGGCGGCAGUAACUUGCGCAAUGACCGUAGUGCUCCGCCGCCCAUGGAUCGUCGUGCAGUAUCCCCAGGGCCUGGUCAAAUGUCUGGGUCUGGGUCUGGGUCUGGUAGUAGAAAUAGCAUUGGGUACCAGCCGCAGGGCAUUCACUCAAUGCAGCGGCCUCACACAAUGUACGAGCCUGAUUUCCAGCAAGCUGCUGCGGCGGCCAAUUCUGCACUUGCACAUGGAGGUAACUACGAGGGCCAUUAUCAACAACAAGCCAAUACUUACCAGCGAUCGCAGUCGGCAUCGCCGGUGAAGCGGAUGGCAAGUAACGAGUAUUACACUAGUGGAGGGUAUAACAGUAGUGGCAAUGGGAACAGCAAUGGUGGAUAUAACCGAGCUCCUUCACCGAACCCAAUGAUGAUGCAGAACAGAGCUCCUUCUCCUAAUCCUAUGAUGAUGCAAAACCGUGCUCCUUCUCCCAAUCCUAUGAUGAUGCAGAACCGUGCUUCUUCUCCCAAUCCCAUGAUGAUACAGAAUAGAGCUCCUUCUCCUAAUCCUAUGAUGAUGCAAAAUAGAGCUCCUUCUCCUAAUCCCAUGAUAAUGCAACAGCAACAACAGCAGCAACAGCAGCAACAGCAAAGUACCCGUGGCAACUCGCAACGAUCGCACAAUUCUGUGGCUUCGUCACAGGCUCCGUUAUUUGAUGGGAACGAUUAUCACAGCAAGUAUCCGUCAAUGGGAAACCCUAGCAAGAACCGGCCCAUUUCGCCAACACCGUUCCGUCAGGCCAAUGGUAGCAAUGGAUUUACAGGCGUUAGUGAUCAUCGUUAUUCUCAGCAGCAACAGGAUCAGUAUAGACCUCGAAGCAAGUCUGCAGUGGAUAUGCGGAUGGAUUAUGGUAUGAACCAGGGACCUGCCAGUCAGCCACAACAACAACCACAGCAAUCGCGAGGCCGGCCGCUGGGCGGGGGUCCGCGCGGGACCUGGCCAACGGUGGCACUUGAUGGACGGCCUGCUAUAUUCUACGCGCGAGCCAAAUACGAUUACAGAACGACGAUGGAAGAGGAAGUAAGUUUCCGGAGCGGAGAUGUGUUGCUGAUUGUGAAGACAUUGGAAGAUGGUUGGUGGGAAGCUGAAGUGCUUGGAUCUGGUAUGGGUCUUGCUCCUAGUAACUUUUUGACCAGAGACGUUUGA